CAAUGUGGCUUUAGCUACAAGUCCUUUAUAUAAAGGACUGCACUUUGCUGCAGAUUUCUGUGUCUACAGACCAAAACUCACCAUCAGAAGCUGCUGAGAGGAGCUGACCAUCAGUGCACACCACUGAAUGAGCAUCUCUCUGUCACCACGUGCCUUCCUGCAGCAUGACAGAGCUCCAUGAAGCCGUGGCUGUGGGUGACUAUGACCUGGUUAAGAAGAUUUUGAAGGCAGGGCGCUGUGACCCAAACCAGAAGGAUGUUGACUGGCAUGGCAGGACCCCCCUGCACUGGGCUGCUGCCAAAGGGCGCUCGGACCUGGUCAGGCUCCUGGUGGAUCACGGUGCCCGGCCCUGCCUGCGGAGCGAUGUGGGCUGGACCGCGGCGCACUUCGCCGCCGAGGCGGGCAAGCUGCGGGUGCUCCGCGCCCUUCACUCCCUGCACGCUGCUAUGGAUGCCGCCGACCUCUUCGGAGACACUCCCCGGAGGCUCGCGGAGAUCUACGGACACCGGGAGUGCUGCAGAUUCUUGGAAAAAGCAGAGGUGGAGAGCAGGAACUACCACAGGAAAGCUGCACUGAGAAAAAUCCCCUUAGACCACAGAGAUGAAGACUGGGAACUCAAGAAAGAAGAGCUUAAGAAAAAUCCACCAUGUUUUUGGGAGAAGGGUACGGCCUCUAUUCUAAAGAAAGAUGGGGGGAAAAGGGGGAAGCAGUAGUGUUUGGUGCCUGUUUGGUGCCUCUGAGCACUUGCAAUGCAGAGCAAAGGCACUGGCAGACUUCAGGUGGAUCUGUAGUGUGAUAUUUGUGUGAACAGAAUAAGCAGAAGGCUACAAGAGUGCAUCCUUAGAGACACACUGUAAAUAAUCUCCUUAAGAGCUAGAAGAGCUUCAGCCUCUCUGUGUGUUUCUAUGUAUCUGAUCUCUAAAAUAAAAACAAUUGAAGGAUAUGUUUAAAUAUACCAAUACUGUAAAUCACUGCAAUGUUUAGAGUUCCUGCAAUGGCGGUUACACAUAUUGCCAGGGAAAAAAUAGUCUUGAUCCUACCUGAUUCACAAAAGCAUCUUGGAUUGUGGUUCUGCUUGCUCUGCUGAUGUCUGUGCCCUUUGCAUCUUUACUUCUGUCACUGAGUUAACCAGGAGGCUCUACAUGGACUUGCAGCCUCUGGUGAUGCCUGUCUCAUUUCUUGGAAGUGAGAUGUACUUGCUUCUUCUGGAUAAAGCUGAGAUAUUAAUGCUGAGCUUUCAAUUGACACAUGGGUCCAACAGCCUGAAUCUUCCAUUCCUGGCCCAGCAAAAGGGAAAAUAUGCUCCUUCCUGGCUGGUUUCAGACAGCUGUGACUACCAAGGGUACUGGAGCACUGCCUUUUUGUAGCAUUGUCCCCAGCCAUAUUCAUGUUUCUGCAAAUAGAAAGGGUGUGCAAGUGUUAUUGAGUU